GAGAGAGAGAGAGAGAGAGAGAGAGAGAGAGAGAGAGAGAGAGAGGCAAAUGAAACAAGUACACAGGCAAACGCUUAGUUAAUGAUUGUCCACAUCUGUUUUGCUCUGGAUGGUCGAUUGGGUUGCAUUCAGCAGAGAACUGUUCCAGGAUGAGUGUCCUGGGAGUGUUGUGGGGCGUCUCCGCCCUCUUCUUCUCCAACCUGCUCCGAGGCGGGCCCUGGCAGGUGCUGGUCAUCGCGGCGACGGCGCUGGUCGGCGUGGCGACGGCCUGGGUGGGCAGGCUGCUGCUGCGCCAUGCCUGGUUCAGACACCGGCUGUCCUGCUUCAGCACGCCCCCCGCACAAUCCUGGCUCAUGGGUCACCUGGGACAGAUGCGUGACUCGGAGGAGGGUCUCCUGGAUGUGGACCGCCUGGUCCGGACCCACGGCCAUUCCUGCUCCUGGUUCCUGGGACCCUUCUACCACCUGGUGCGGGUCUUCCACCCGGACUUCACCAAUCCCCUCCUCAAGGCCGCGGCAUCCAUCACAGUGAAGGAUGAGCUCUUCUAUGGUCUUCUACGUCCAUGGCUCGGUCAGAGUCUGUUGCUCAGCAACGGGGAGGAGUGGUCACGCCGGCGACGCCUUCUGACACCAGCGUUCCACGUUGACGUCCUGAAGGGCUACGUGGCCGUGUUCAACAACGCCACCCACACCAUGCAUUCUAAGUGGAUGCGUUUGUCCAGAGAAGGCCAGGGGGACCUGGAGAUGUUCCAGCACGUGGGUCUCAUGACGCUGGACAGUCUGCUCAGGUGUGCGUUCAGCCACAGCAGCGACUGUCAGGAGACGUCCAAUGAGUUCACAACGGCCAUCCUGGAGCUGGGUGACCUCAUCAUGGAUCGGCGCCGAAGGAUCCACCAUCACUGGGACUGGAUCUACUGGCGCAGCCCCCAGGGCAAGCGCUUCCGGAGGGCCACCGAGGUGGUGCACAGCUUCACCAGGCGAGUGGUGGAGCAUCGCCGCGCCCUCAUCCGCAAGCAGAGCCACCGCGAGUCACUGGAGGGAACCGCCCGGGGCGGGACCGCCGGAGACACAGCUCAGAGGCAGAAGAGGAAGGACUUCAUUGAUAUCAUCCUCCUGGCCCAGGACGAGGAGGGGGGUGGCCUGACAGACAAGGAGGUUGAGGCUGAGACAAACACCUUCAUGUUCGCAGGUCACGACACCACGGCCAGCGCCAUCUGCUGGACACUGUUCAAUCUGGCGGGCCACGCCCACUACCAGGACAGAUGCAGAGAUGAGGUGAAGGAGCUGAUGAGGGACCGGGCAGAGCAGGACAUUAAGUGGGCUGACCUGUCCAGCAUGCCCUUCACCACCAUGUGCAUUAAGGAGAGCCUCAGACUCCACUCUCCGGUCCUGGCCGUCACUCGGCAGUACACCCGGGACGUCGACCUACCAGGAAACAGGACUGUACCCAAAGAUACCAUAUGUUUGGUCAGUAUUUACGGGACGCACCACAACCCCGCUGUCUGGUCCGAUCCAAACGAGUUCAACCCGCUACGCUUUGACCCCGCCAACACCAGGGAGCGGUCCUCCAACGCAUUCAUUCCCUUCUCGUCCGGGCCCAGGAACUGCAUCGGUCAGCGGUUUGCGAUGGCCGAGCUACAGGUCGUCGUGGCGCUGACUCUGCUGCGUUUCCGACUGUCCCUCGGCUCGAACCCCGACACUGCCGGGACCUCCACCGGGCAGGGCAUCCGGCGUCUCCCUCAGUUGGUGCUGCGCGCCGAGGGCGGGAUGUGGUUACGGCUGGAGCUGAUGGAUCCUCCUUGCACAGAGGGGCUGCAUGCGCAGUAAAGCUAGCGACCAACUUAAACAGCGGUUACCAAUGCGGUGCAAUGUCCUGAGUGGUGGAAUAGAUAGAGGAUGGAAGAGUGGAGGGAGGGAGGGAGGUAGGGAGGGAGGGGGGGACAUGUAGACUAAUAAAGAGACAGGCGCCAGAGGGAAUCCAUAUUCCAGAAGCAGAAAAAGAUGCAGGAAAUAAAUAAAGGAGCAAAUUGAAAUGGAGAACGCCAUUGAGAUAAAAAUACAUUGAGAAAGAAACACAUUAAGAGAGAAACAAUAGAUAAAGAGAAGCAGGAUGGUGUUUGAGCUCCCCAUGAGCUCCCAUGUUCCCUUCUCUCCAUCCCUUCUUGGUAGAUCCUGCAGGAGUGCAGAAAGGGUUGCAAGAUGGCAGAGAUGAUGAGGACGUUGGACCCAGGUAGCAUUUAAAUAUCAUUAAAGACCAUUAAUCAUAAAUCGUUCCUAAUAAUGAGAAUAAUUGAGGAUUUAAUUGUAGGCUAUUUGAUUUACUUUUAUAGCCUGUUCAACCACCACAGUAGCGACAAUUUGCAUAUACAUCUCAUCUCGUAAAGAAUAUUUUAAAAUAAAACACACAGGACUCUGCUUAACCGGUCAUGGCAAAUUAACCUAUUUGCAUGAACCUUGCAUGCGUUAUCGUUCAUGAUCUGGUGAAGCAGUAACUUAGUUAAACAUAACUUUAUUUUGUUAUUUGCGGGUUACCCUCCGAGUAGACAGCCAGACAGUACGAUGAGAAAGAGUUCUCAACAGCUUGAUUUGAUAUCAUUUGUUCAUUCCUUUAACUAUAUAAGCCUAAUUAAAAAGGGUAAUGAAGGUUUAGAAAUAAGCAACUUGCAUCAUGCUUGCAUUUAGAAGCAGAUCACAGCUUGUUGUGAUGUGUGUGCAUAAGCUAUCAACUGUAUGCAAAUGAGCGCGUAGUGCAGCAUGCGUCCGGCCAUGUGAUUGGACAAAGGACAUCAAUGAGCAGCCCACUGACCAAUCUAAAGUGGUGUAAUCAAAGCAAUUUCUUAUAUUUCUGAUGUAUAAUAUCUUUAUCAGCAUAAACCGCAAUGCUUAUGCUUUGCAAAUGUAGGGUGGUCUGUUUUUUUUAUAUUAUUUGGAAUUUAGAAGCUAAGCCAGCAAAAGCUGUAUGAACUUGGCCCAUUAAUCUGUGUCGAAUUGAUUGUUUUUUCUUAUUGAAAAUGUAUCAAAAUGUACAUUUAAUAGUACUAGUAAAAUGUUUAAAUAAUUUACUAAAUUAUAUCUAGCAUAUAUAAUUAGAAUGAUAAAUGAACACCCCCAUCUAAGAAUAAAUGGUAUCGUCGGAACCCCUCACAUUUGGAUAGGUUGACAACUUAUCUGAAUAUGAGGGGUUCAGAGUCUGACGAUGGAUAGGUGAUUCAGUGUAUGCAAAUAAUAUUCACAAUUACCCAAUUUCCCUAUUGUGUCAGUUAUGCACAAUGUUUCCAUUCACAAACUACUAAAAUUAACUGAGCAUUUGGCACUUAUAUACGGCAUCAUAAUUUCAGGACAUUGCUUCGGAAUUCAAUACCCAGAUCAGUCCACCAUGAUCCUUCAACAGAUCAGUCAGAGGUCUCAAACAGAAAAUGUCGGCCAAAUCCCCAAGGUUUUUAGAGGUUAAAUUCGGUUAAGGCUAUUAUUGUUUAGAUUUUACAUAAGUUUUAUUUGCAUUUCGUUUCAGUUUAUAAUUAAUGAGAGGAUGUGUUAGUUUAUUUCGUUUUUUACUUAGUUUAGUUUAUAUUAGUUUCAGUGUUAGUUUCAGACCUUUUUGUAAAAUGUGGUAUUUACCAACCAGUUAACACACAUUUUAUUUCACUCAUAGUUUUCUGAUGACGACAACAUGGAGUCAUACACAAUGGAAUAAAUCGAAUUGGCGAUGAAAAGUUGUAAACUGAUGUCUGGUCAAGGUAGCAGUGGGACCGUUAUUAUUUAGACAUCUUUUUUUUU